UCGAGUCGGUCGGUUAUCAAAAUCAAAACAGACACCAACUCCCUGUUUCUUCCUCGUCCGUUUCUCCCUCUGGAAUCCGAUUCCUUCCCCAAUUUUUUUCUUUCCGAUUUCGUCAUUCCGCGGAUGAGAUUCCGAGCUCGAGGCCCUUUCCUCUACCUGUGAUUUCAAUCUGCAGGGAAGGCCAUGUGAGCUGUUUGGAACAAAGUUUCGUUAUUGCUUCCACAUUUGGUAUUGGAUGAUCAGUUCCUCUGGUAUGCUCAAGAUGGGUGAAUGCAAGGGUUGUGGGAAAUUAGGAAGAAUGAUGCCGAGGGGUGGAUCUGUGAGUGCAUAUCGGUUUUCCCUUCGGUUGUCUCCUGUUGUUUCCGUUUGGGAUUGCAUCAUUCGCAAAAUGAGGUACUCUUACGGACCUGAGUGGGUGUAGUUGUUAGGAUUAUAGUAAUUAUAUUAGUUUUCAACAAGAAGAUAAUUAAGUUUAUUUACUAAUAUAGAAAAUUAAGGGAACACAGUUAUAGGAAAAUGUAUACACUUUAGAGGAAUUCUUGGCAAGUUAAACAAGGGCAACAAUUUGGAGGUUGUUAGUCGAAUGGAUAACAUGGAGUGUAAUAAAUUGCAACCUGUUGUGAGAAAAGUUAAGAAAAAGCAGGUGAAGGACGAGUUGGAUCGUCAAAAACAGGCUGAGAAAAAGAAGAGGCGCUUGGAGAAAGCCCUUGCUACUUCAGCAGCCAUCAUUUCUGAACUAGAAAAGAAAAAACAGAAGAAGAAAGAAGAGCAACAGAGGCUUGAUGAAGAAGGCGCUGCAAUUGCCGAGGCUGUUGCGUUGCAUGUCCUACUUGGUGAAGAAGACUCAGAUGAAACGUGUGAAAUUGUUCUGAACAAAGAUCAAGUGUUCAAUCGUUGGGAUUGUCCUGGCAACGUUGACCUAUUUAUGGGUGGAAGGAGGGCACGCUUUCCUUAUCAAGACUCUGCAAAGUGUUCACUCGAAAGGAUUGGGUGGGUGUCUAGUGCUUACAGAUCGGGAUACAAGUUGGGCGGCUUAGGGAACAGUGAAUGGUCGCUCUCUUCUGGGCCUUAUGGAAGAGAGUACCCUGAAUCAUUUUGUGAGGAUGGAGGUUGGGGUACCACCGGAUUUGCAGCUGGGCUCAUUGCGGCGCAGGCUGUUUCAUCUCUACAGAUCGCGGAGGAUGCACAUGAAGGCACACUUGUGCUCGAUGGAAUGCUAAGACGGUAGAUGGACAUUUCAGUCAAGCUGCCAUGUUACUGGAAGAGCCCUCAGCUGUAUUUCGUCAACAAUGUUCUGUAUAUAACUUCGUGGACGUGUACUAGGUGUUUGUCAUAAACACGCGUAUCUUCUUCGGCUUGAAGAAUGUUGCAGUGUCAUGCUCUUGUGUUUUCUUCUUCUCUUUUCCCGUCGAGGGCUGCUAUCUUUUUACGUGCAGUGACAUUUCAUGACCUUGAGGCAUCAGCUGACUCAUCUUUCCGAUAUUUUUUGUGGAUUGUAUCAAAACUAAUGUAGUUUCAAUAAUGUUAAGAUCUUUUCUGGUAUGAAAUUAUUGUGAUUUAUGCCGGUCGACUAGUCA